CUACAAUACAGUCGCAAUGGCAGGCUUCGUCAAUCGCGAAAACCGUGUUCCUCACUACCAAAAACUGUUCCAAGAAGGUGGACGACACUCUGUCCGUCAAUGGAACCAGACUCCUAAGAGCAAGAUUCUUCUCAGGCCGUACUUGGUUAUCCUAUUCGGUGGCUUUGCUGGGUCGAUGUACAUGAUGGGCCGAAUGGUGCUGGGACACAAGACCUGGUUUGGCAAGGGAUAGAUGGUGAGACCCGAGAUGGGAUAUCCGGUUGAUGUGGUCGCUGCUUGG